CGGCCGCAUAGGACCAAUCGCCCAACUGGGGAAGGACCAGGACCAGGGAACAAGCUCCUGUGCAGGAAACCUCCUGUGUGGAAUGCAGAUCACCCCAUGACGAGAGGACAGCUCUUGUCCAAGAGAGAUGAAUUCUGGGAUACGGCUCCUGCUUUCAACGGCAAGCCGGAGAUCUGGCAGGCGCUGCGGGCGGCAGCAGAGUGUGAAGAUACAGAGACAGCGCAAGCGAUCAUGGCGGCUGUGAACGUCACUUUGCCGCACGGCAACCUCAGUGUAGUUUACGACGAACUUGGUAACAAGUACGACAUACCUCCUUACUGCCUGUCGGAGCCAACGAACAUGGUGAAGGAUGAGUCGAGCGAGAGUUUGCCGGCGGUGAAUGAGACGGCCGAGAAGACGAGCGAGGAGAGUCAAGAACUCGCUGAGAUGUCGAUCCGCCUGCGGUUGAGCACAGGAGCUGAGCUCGAGUGGAGUGGGUUGAGCAACGUGACCAUCGGAGAGCUCAAGACCUUUGUAGAGGCGAAAGAAAACCUUGCUCCUGCUCGCCAGCGCUGCUUCUUUGGAGGACAACUGUUGACAGAUGCCCACACUUUACAGAAAGCCAAGAUUCCAUCAGAGUCGGUUGUACAGAUCAUGGUCAGACCAGACGACGUCUGAGGCGCCUCCUCUGCUGAUAUAUAGAAAGAAGCGCAUUGUGAUAGAGCGAGAUGGAGGAGAGGAUAACAGCAAGUCUUGUUAAAAGUCGUUCUACUUGUAUUACACAGGAAAUCUCU